CGCGCGUGGAAGCGUCCGGUGUGCGGCCGGUAGCCGGCGGGCAGCGGAGCUGCGGCGGCGGCGGCGGCCACGGCCGGGCGCCCCGACGGGAAGGGCUCCGGGUCGCUGGGAGGCGGCCGAAUCCCUGCGGCGCCGCCGCUGGCGGCGGCCCCAUGAGUCGGGGAACGAUGCCUCAGCCCGGAGCGUGGCGGGGGGCGAGCUGUGCCGAGAAGCCGGCGCGGGAGGCGGGGGCCGCGGCGCCGGAGGGCGGGAAGGCGGCGGCCGGCGGGCAGCCUCGGGCCGCCGUGCGGUGCCCGGCCGAGCACGAGGAGGACAUGUAUCGUGCGGCGGAUGAAAUAGAAAAGGAGAAAGAAUUACUUGUACAUGAAAGAGGGUCAUCAGAACCCAGAUUAAGUGUAGCUCCUGAAAUGGAUAUCAUGGACUACUGCAAAAAAGAAUGGAGGGGAAAUACGCAAAAAGCAACAUGUAUGAAAAAGGGCUACGAGGAGGUGUCUCAGAAGUUCACGUCCAUCAGGCGAGUCCGCGGAGAUAAUUACUGCGCACUGAGGGCCACGCUGUUCCAGGCCAUGAGCCAGCCGGCUGCGCUGCCCUCCUGGCUGCAGGACCCGGAGCUCACACUGUUACCAGAAAAACUCAUAAGCAAAUACAGCUGGAUCAAGCAGUGGAAGCUUGGACUGAAAUUUGAGGGGAAGAGCGAGGACCUGGUUGAUAAGAUUAAAGAGUCCCUCACGUUACUGAGGAAGAAGUGGACAGGCUUGGCUGAACUGAGAACUGCCGAAGCAAGGCAGGUAGCUUGUGAUGAACUGUUCACGAAUGAAGAAGAGGAGUACAGCCUCUAUGAAGCUGUAAAAUUUCUAAUGCUAAACAGAGCCAUUGAACUAUAUGAUGAUAAAGAGAAGGGAAAGGAAGUACCGUUUUUCUCUGUGCUUCUGUUUGCUCGGGAUACGUCAAAUGAUCCUGGACAGCUGUUGAGGAAUCACCUAAACCAGGUGGGACACACUGGUGGCCUUGAACAGGUUGAGAUGUUCCUUCUCGCCUACGCCGUGCGCCACACCAUCCAGGUGUACCGGCUCUCCAAGUACAGCACUGAAGAGUUCAUCACCGUCUAUCCCACCGACCCCCCCAGGGACUGGCCCGUGGUGACCCUGAUCGCCGAGGAUGACCGCCACUACAACAUCCCCGUCAGGGUGUGUGAGGAGACGAGUCUGUGAAAGACGUGCUCGGACCGCCUGGCGUCACGGCCAGGGUGCACAGGCAGCUCCUCGGCUCGGGCCUCCAGCCUCUGGCCGCCAGGUCCCUUGGAAUGACCUCUGAGGACUCUUGGGCCCCUUGCGCCAAACUGGACUGGAAUGUUCUGAAGACUAGCUUUUGAUAAUCAGAAUUAAUCAAGUUUUUUCCCUCAUCUGUGAUGCCAUACGUUUCAGUGGGGGCCUUCAGAGCACACCUGUUAAAAGGUGCAAACUACAUCUUCUCCAUAAAACAAACACUUUUGUGUCAGAGGAGACUCAUUUUGGAGAGGAAUAUGUUCAAAGCUCUAAUAGUAAACUGGCUUUCAAUUUUUUUUUAAAGAUAGUAAUUUUUUUGUUUUGGUGGUAAUGGGUCUCUGCCGUACCCUUCCUGUGCACCUAUGCAGUCUACUUACGUGGUAGAAUUCUGGGACAGAGCCUGGGAACAGGCCAGCUGUAACAUCCUCUGAUAGUCUCAUCGAGCGGUGGUCUGGAUUUACAUGUUAAUCAAAGCUAUUCUAAGCAGAUUGUCUAAUAGAAGAUUAAGAAUUGGGUCCAAAAGUGAGUUAUUUAAAGGCCGGAGAAGGAGCUGCAGGCGGAGGCAGUGGCACCAGGACAUCCUUGCUCUGCAGGGGCAGGUGCCUGAGGUCGCGGACGCACCGGGUCUGGUGCUUGGUGCAGGUGAUGGGUGGUCAGUGGGCAAGUGUGGCUUAUUGAUCUCUAGGAUCGGAGCUGUUCCUUACUCUGCAGUUCCAUAGAUGCACCAUUUUAUAGUCAGAACAAAGCUCAGAUCCACCUGCUUUUUUAGGGGAGACCAAGGCCAGAUGAUUAUUUUUUGGAGGGUGCUUGCAUUGCCAAAUUCAUGGAAUUCAUCCGUUGGAGGAAUGAGUAACAGCAAAGCAUCUCAGGUCUCUCAUGAGUAAGUUUAAACAGUGCAUGUACUUAAAACUGUCUGCAGACGCGUUGCUGAGCGGAAUCUGCCUUUGCUUUGGUUUGGGAUGCCUAGGGGAGGCAGCAUUCUGGCCACGCGUGAUGGCCUGUAUGUCACAGGCUAGGGUGGUGCCCGGGGGGUGGGCAGGGCCGCCCAGCUGAACAUGGUCUGCGUCAGGGCCCGAAUCAUCCACCCGGGGCGUGGGCCGUGGCCACUGUUCACAGGAACGGGACAUGUCACCCCGGGGCUGUAUCGGCGGCACCUGAAUUGGCUCCAUAUUUGUGGACAUGGUGUUGCCCUGAAGUACUGAGCUUUAUUUUAUAAUAAUUAAAAUCUUUAUUUGGUCCAAUUUAAUAUAGUUUAUAAGCUAUCUAAUCUGUUUUUCUUUGUUUCUCCUAAGUUUUGCUUUCACUUAAAAAUUAAAAUUCUUGGUUGAGAAAACUCAGAGGACACACAAAACUAUGCAGACUGUUACAUUAGUAUUCGUAUUUUCCCAUUACCUCAUCAGUAAUAUUUACCACAUUUUGGUAGAUACUUAUUCAUUGGAGUGUUUGAAUUAAAUUCUGCUCUAAAUGUGUAUGUGUUGGAGAGGCUUUGUUUUUCACUGUGAAAUGCAAUGGUGCCUUGAAUAAGGAGGGACCUAGAAGCCAAGUGAAAGUAAUAAUAAUGCCUUCUUGUUGGCAUUGAUGCUUCAUUUUACGUAACUUAGUUUUCACGUGACUUACAACAGGAAAUGCUUACAUUCAUUCUGGAACAUUUUAAAAAGCACAACUUCAAACACUUAGGUUGUAUGAGGCAGUAGGGGUCUGUGUCCAUCCAACUGUUGGUUCAUAACCACUUUUGAAUUUAAUAAUUCUCAUGGUCAUCUGUUUUUGCAUUUUGAGAAUGUUCUAUCUUAGUGAACUUGAGCUGGGCUUCUGGGCAGCUUGUUUACAUUUCAUACUUUUUUCUUGUUCCUGUGUGCGAAGUUGUUAGAGUGUGUGCAGAAAUUGUGGUCUUAACCACCCCACUGAUAAAAACUCAAAAGGGUAUGUUUAAGUUGCUUUCUGUCCCAAGGCUUUAUUACACUCUGCUCUCAGACUGCCAUCCAGGCUUAGAGGAAUCAGCAUCAGAGAAGUAAAGCUUUGAGAGAAACAGUGCUUAAGGAAAUACAGAUGAUUGGACCACUUUAAAAAUAUUUUUAAAACUUUAAAAAUAUUUUUUUGUUGCAACAUGCAACUACAGUUGCCCUGAGUUUUAAUUCCAUUUUUCAUUCCUGGUCUUGGCCUGGUUGGGUGACAUCAGCAGUAUUGAAAUUGAAUUGCAACCAGAAUGGAUUCAGGAGGAUAAUCUACUUAGAGGGAAUCUCUAAAAUGAUAGAGUGUUCCCAAAAAAGGAAGGUAGUAGGAACUACACUGUGCUUACUUUCUAUCCCAGAGUUUAUUGCAAGUGUUCAGUGAUUUUGGACCCUGUGGUCUCGGCAGAAAGAUAAUGUCUACCUUGAGCAGGCAUGACUUAUACGUUUGAGCUCAAUUAAGGUGCAUUAAACCUAAAAGAAUUUCCUAAGCCUAAAAGAACUUCCUAAGAAGUUCCACGGAAUUAACAGUGCUCCUUCAGAACUUCUCCUGCUUCCCCUCCUCACCUGCAUUUACAGCAUCCAUUAAUUUCACUCAUACACGUAGAACAGUGAUGGUGGCAGUUGAGAAGAAGAUGCCAAUGUGCGGUCUUUGACUUAUGAUCUUGGUGUCGGUGGGAUUUUGAUCUGUAUUGUCAAUUCCUCUUCCUUAGUAUCCAGCACAUCUGAAAAUGCUUUAAAGGACAGAAUAGGAUUGACCCUGCUCCCUACAUAUAGCCAUUUACACUUUUGUUAUUCUGCUAUACGUUCGGUUAAUGUCUCAUAAAUACUGAUGUUUUUCUUUGAUUGAGGAGAACAGACAUUGCCUUUGUAUUCUUUCACUAUUCUUUUUUCCCUCCAGUUCUAGAGCUUAUCAAGUAAAACCUCAGGGCACAUGAGUCUCACAUCUCUUUUGGAAGAAACACCUUUGUUGGUUUUUGUGUGCUUGUUUUUUCCUUUGUUUUUUAAGAGGCUGUGUUAUUCCUCCUGCCCUCUUCAUGCUCAGGUGCUCUUUUACCUAAGAGUUUGUAGUCUGCUUUUUGAAAGGCUUUGGAUGGUGACUUGUUAGGUGCGGUCUCACCUUUAAUGAUCUAGCACUCUUACAUCGCAGCAUAAAAGUAGGACUCAGAGAGACUUCCUGGCUUUGUCUCCUUUUUGGUGUUAAAGUUUGACUGUUUUCCUCCCUCUGUUUCUAAAGCAAGAUUUUGCAGGUACUCCACCUUGGAGAGUCAGAAAGUAUUUCCAAAAGUAUGAGCCUCCAGGGAAUUUUACUUGUAGGCAUACACAAAAAUACAUAGAUGCCUUUUUAGAAAGAUCUAUAUCUAUUUAAAACCAAUAGAAAGGAAGCCCUGAAUGUGUGUGUGGAGUGCAUCUGAAUCUGAAGUGUGUGUGAGAGGCAUAGAACCCCCAAAUAGGUGAGCAAAGGCAGAGCACAGUGUCAAGUAAUUUAGAAAUGGCCCGAGGAACCGCAAGAAGUGAACUGAAGAAGGAGGAACUGAUUUUAGAUUAAAAACGGCUUUUAAAAACAAAACAACAGAUGCCUGACAGAUCUCUUUGGCUUAAGUUAUAAAAGGAUAAAAAUUUGAACCAGUGGAAGGACUUACGUGCAGGGAUUCUGCAAAUUCCUUUUUCUAAAGUUUAAUUCCCCUGUUUAACAGAAGUAGACUGUAAUGCUUAACUCCUUUGGAAAACCACCUUGGUGAUUUUUUCUGAAGGGCUGGAGAGACUAGGGAGCCAGUGCUGAAUUACGCAGUGAAUUAAGAUGCGGGUAACUGAUGAUUAAUACUUGUGUGAUCCAGUUAAUAACUUGGAGCUGUGAAAAGCACAAAAGUGAACUGGUCUGGCUGCUCCCAGCCCUGGUGGUCGUAGGGACAAGGUAGGUUCGGCCAUGACCAGAAGGGGUGUGCGCGUGUGUACAAAUGUGCUAGCUUGCUGGUCUGCGGUCACAUCGUGACGUUCUUAUGUGUGCAAGAUCCCACAGGUCUCGUGUGCGAGACCCAGCACAUUUGGGAGGUUGGAGGUGAGCUGUUCCAUUUGCAUUUCUUUUCCAUGGUAAAUUGAAAUUUAUUACUGGGAAUGGUGGAAUGGGUUAGUAGGUAUAAUUAAACUAUACAGAAUGGUCAUUAAGUCUGGAGUUUUAGGUAAUGUUAAUUGUAUUGAAAUGUCACGCCAACAAACCAUUUAUUAUGUAUAUCUCUGUUCCCAGACCUUAUGGCCGUGUCUGUAUUUCCAUAUUCUGAAUGCUCAUUAAUAGUCAGGGAGAACACGAACGAGCUUUGUCUCAUUCUUGUUGAUUUCUUUGGUGUAGUUGUGGGUGAAAUCGCCAAAACAUGGGUGAUCCCAGGAAAGGAUAGGGGGCCAGAGAUAACCACGGUCUUGGCAGUCUUUUUCCCAGACACCAGGGGGUAGUUGAGCUUAAUUCUGAACUUUAAAAUAAUUUUUUUGUACUUAAGACCUUUUAUAUAAUGAAAAAUGCCUCGAUCUAUAUAUAUUCUCAUAAAUGGUGCUAAAAUAUGAUACUCCUACAGGAACCAGAGCAAUCCACAGUGAUGUUGGUCACUCCUGAGUAUUUAGAUGUAAGAAGAACGCUCCCUUCUCAUUUCCAUUGCCUUUAUAAAAACGUUUUGGUAUUGUUAACCGAAUUUUUAGCAGCUUCUGACUCUCUGUGCUGUGAAUUUGGAGAGGGUAACGACCCACCUUCUGUCCGUGGCGGUGGUUUUCCUUCCCUGUUGGCCGGGCUGUGCAGGGAGGGCAGCCGGGAACGCGGUGUGAACCUGGCCUUGGCUUGUCUAGCAGAGUGUCCUGUUUACACUGGAAAAUGUCAGCAUUUGUUGAAAACCUCAUCUGCUCUGAAAACCGUGCCCCUGAGGCUCCUGUCAGCUUUGGGCCUUGGUGCCACCUGCGUCCGUGGCGGGAGUUCCCUCGGUGACGUGUUGAGUCUUCCUCUUCACUGUCAGAGGCUGAGCCAACUCAGGUUUUGCUGCUGAUCCCGUGUAGCAAACCUGGCCACUAAGGAUUGUAAAAACAAGUAACUAAAAAUAAACUUAGAAAAUAAAAACUC